AUGGCGCGCACGAAGCAGACGGCGCCCUUCCAGCGCCUGGUGCGCGAGAUCGCGCAGGACUUCAAGACCGACCUGCGCUUCCAGAGCUCGGCCGUCAUGGCGCUGCAGGAGGCGAGCGAGGCCUACCUGGUGGGGCUCUUCGAGGACACCAACCUGUGCGCCAUCCACGCCAAGCGCGUCACCAUCAUGCCCAAGGACAUCCAGCUCGCCCGGCGCAUCCGCGGGGAGCGCGCCUGAGUUCCUGGCAAGAGAAUCUGUGACUAUCGAAAACCCAAAGGCUCUUUUAAGAGCCGCCACAGGGCCACUAAAAAGAGCUGUGAACUCUUAAAUAUCUUGAGGGUUUACUGCUGCACGUGUUGCGGGUAGCCUUUUGUUGGCCAGUUUCUAAGGUAAGUGCUAAGGGAAGCAUAGCCAUGUUUUUAAAAGGUUGAGAGAGAUUUGUGUCGAUUAAAUGCUUUGUUAGUAACUGGGUAAAGGUUCGUUGAUAAGAAAAGCUCAGUUUUAUAGGUCUAACUAGUAGAGUUGCUUUUCUGGUUCCAGUGGAAAAGGUUUUUGAGGGCUUUGACAAGCUAAAAGCAAAACUGCAUCAUUUCUAAAAGCUGGUGUUCCUUAACGUAAUGGUUACUUAAAGCCAUGUAUGUAUGUAUAAAUGUAGGUAUAAAUGGAAUUCUGUAUUCACUGAGUUUCCUUCUUUGAUUGCAGUGUGUUACAAGGCAAGUAAGUAGUUCAUUGCUCACGUUAUUCUGUAGCUUUUAUUUCCUUCUGCUCAAAGCAUUAAUUAGAAUUUAUUAAUCCCACGGUUAAAAACAGUGCCUUUAAUUGUGAAGUAGCACAAAGUCUAGUCUCCAUAGCUGCCCAUUCCUGCAUGGGUGCUUUGCCACACAUGGGCUGACCGUUCCUCUUGUAAGCAAGUCCCUCUUGUCAGUCUCUGGCCCUACUUAAGGGCUUUUAGUUUACAUUUGAAACCAACACAACA